AAAACACAGUGAGAGACAGUGAGGUAAUAAAAGUGAAACAGAGGUGAAGUGUCUUUACGGCUGAAGGUGUCUGGGGGGCUCUGGGCGGACCAGGAGAGACAGAUGUACCUUUCCCCCAAAGAUCAUGAAGAGAUCAUGAAGGAUUACAAAGAAAGGAUUACAAAGAAAUGGAUGUUGGUGAUUAAGACAUACAAUAAGAACGAAAUUCUCAGAAAAUCUCAGUAAAUCUCUCCAAGAGACCAGGUGAGAGAUGGGCAAAAUCAAAGAGAAGAACAAGGUCGUUCUUGAUUGACUGCACGACUUAAGACCAAUUUCAUCUAUGUGCUGAGCUGAAGAACAUGCAUCUGGGAAACACCUCUGAAUGUUCAGCAUGAAGAUUCGUGAUCAUCAGCCUCAUCUCCAUUGACUUUGAGGACGUAUUGGCCACAUUUGUUGGUCGUGGGACAAAGGGAACAUGUUUAACACCUUCUGAGCCAUUUCUGCAUUUCACCCAGGACAUUUUUAUAUGGAAACCUAAGGCACUGUAUCUGGUCCUGUCUGUAUCAGUCCACCAUGUUGGAGCAUUUGUCCCGCAGGAAUCGGUCCUUGCUGUCUCUCUCGCUGACCUCUCUGGCCCUAGCGCUCUCUGUUUUGGCCUUCUGUACCUCAUACUGGUGCGAGGGGACACAUAAAGUGGUCAAACCUCUCUGUCUGUCACCAGUCAAAAUGAAGAACUGCGGGCAGAACAACAGCCAGCCUUACACAACUGAGGUCCCAACAGCAGACCCCAAGAAAGCAGACUCCAAUGUGACAAUGUCCCCCAAGCAGAAGGAGGAACUGGCCCGUAUGAGAGCCAAAAAUCUUGCAAAUGCAGUUCACUACAUCUGGGAGACGGGUGAAGACAAAUACAUGCUGCGCUACUUUCACACUGGCUUCUGGUUGUCCUGUGAGAAACACAAUGACGGGGCUGGUGAGAAAUGUCGGAGCUUCAUUGAACUGACCCCUGGAGAAACACAAGGAGUUCUGUGGCUCUCAGUGAUAUCAGAAUUUGCAUACAUCAGCCUUCUGGCGAUGGGUUUUCUUCUGAUGUGGGUGGAAUUGCUGCUCUUGUGUCUGAAUAAGGACAUGUAUGCACUCAAGAUCAAUGCUUUUGCUGCCAUCUGUACCGUGCUGUCUGGUAUGAUGGGAAUGGUGGCACAUAUGAUGUAUACAACAGUAUUUCAGAUGACUGUCAGCAUUGGGCCCAAAGACUGGAGACCUCAGACGUGGGACUAUGGCUGGUCAUUUGUCAAAUCAUUUGAAACAUUGGUGCUUCUUCCACAGCAUGGCGUGGAUCUCCUUCAGCUGCUGCAUGGCAGCAUUCAGCAAUGCCAGAAGGGUGUGUUUAUCGACACCACGUGGAGCCCCAGGGAGGAAGUGUCUGGUGGGGGUAUGGUGGGGGCAAAGAGUCCUCAUGGACUGGUACUGGUGGGAGGGUGCGGGAGAGAGGGAUGCGAGGACUGUGAGAGAGAAAUGGAUGAGGUGGAGGAUGAAUUAGAGAGGGAAGGGAAUGAUGAAAUGUGUUGAGGAGAACACCUUCAGGAAGUCCUUCAUCAUCAGCAGUAUCAGUGACUAUGUUUAAAUGCAUAUCAUUUUCUAAUUUAGAUCCAUAUUUUGGUUAGGCCUUUAAAAAAGAAGUUUACAUGCACCACAGGUGUUGAAAUAUCCAUGUAUUCAUGUAAUCAGCAUACUAGACUGUAAUUUUAUUAUUCAAUGUCAAACAUGUCCUACAUGCAAGAGUGAGAACCUUUGUGUCAAUUUGAAAUGUAGGUCUUGAUGUUUCUUUUACUGUUUGUACAAUAAUAGUAAAAAAAAAAAAAAAAAAGAUGUCCUCUUUGCUUCAAAUAUGUUUGUGUUCAGAAUGCUUUAGAUUUUAGAGUUUUAGCUCCAUGAGUUCUGAGAACAUUUGCGCUUUCAAUUUAGUUUGGAUCACGUCUGACUCUCUAGGUAUUGUGUCAAUCUGUACAAUCAUUCUUCACUUCAUUAUAUUUUGGGCUUUCAAUAAGAUCACCAAGCACAAUAUAUCAGAUAAUCUGAAUAUACAACAAGACGGAGUGAUGGACAGAUUACAAAAAAA